AUGUUAUCCAAAAUCUGCCGCUCUAACUUAAGUUCCGGCGGCUCCGCCGCCCCCAAAUUAACACCGCAAGCAUCAACUUCGUCAAGAGCUGCCGAUGCAAAAAUGUUCAUCCGGCCCGGAAAAUUUUGCAGGUUAUCAGGUGACCCGCUGGAAACCACCGAAGCCCUGGCGUGUUCCAGGGUUCCGGCCAAGGUCAUGGUGGAAGUCGCAUUGGAUUUGGCUUUGUGUAAUGUGAUCCGGGCUAACCCUUUUAGGGUUGUUGCAUUGUCGAAACGUGGAUCCGAAUGCAGGAAAUUCACGCAAAAUGGCGGGUCGAUCGUCGUGUUGCAAAUCGCAUUGAUAUUAAAGGGUGCUGAAUUGUUAUUGAUCAAUGGCGGUGCUGAUAUGGGUGAUGAAUUAUUGAUCAACGGUGCCUUUAUCGGCGCUGAUCCGGGCGAUAAAUUGUUCAAGGGUGCUGAUUGUGGUGCUAAAUUGUUCAAGGAUGAUGAUUCUGGUGGUUUGGCCUCUUGUGCUUGUAAUACAUCAAAAUUGUUGUUCAAGAGAAUGGCUCCAAGAAAGAGCACGACAAAGAAUUGUGAUUUCAUCGUGUUAACUACUUUUGUUUCUUUUUAUGUUUUCGGAUUUUCCUUGUGA